AUGAUGAAUUAUGUAGUGGUUGGUGUGAUUGAGUGGGUGAAUGGGGUGUGUGGGUUGGGGGUUGGGAAUUUGGGCCUGCUCUUCAUGCUGCUGUUCUUCAUCUAUGCAGCAUUGGGAGUCGAGCUGUUCGGAGAGCUCGUGUGUAACGCAGAUUACCCGUGUGAGGGCAUGAGUCGACACGCCACCUUCGAGAACUUUGGGAUGGCGUUCCUCACUCUGUUCCAGGUGUCGACCGGAGACAACUGGAACGGAAUCAUGAAGGACACGUUGAGGGAGUGCCCGCCUGACGGCCCGGGCUCAGACUACGGCUGCCACGCGGGUCUUCAGUUCAUCUCUCCGCUGUACUUCGUGUCCUUCGUGUUGACCGCUCAGUUCGUGCUGAUAAACGUGGUGGUGGCGGUCCUCAUGAAGCACCUGGACGACUCCAACAAAGAGGCGCAGGAGGACGCCGAGAUGGACGCCGAGAUCGAGCUGGAGCUGGCUCAAGGGGGCCUCUGCUGCAUGAUGGGAAACAUCGGGGUGAUCGCGGGGGCCACGCUGGCGGCUGGAGGAGCGGGAGGGCUGGGGGCGAGCGGAGGGGCAGGGCCAGCAGGGGGCGCUGUGGUCGGAGCAGGACAGGACGCGCUCACGCAUCACCAACGCCGCUGUAGGCUCUACUCGCCGGCUCAGGAGAACCAGUGGCUGGACAGUGUGUCUCUGCUCAUCAAAGACUCUGCAGAAGGGGAUCUGAUUGACAACCUGUCGGGCUCCGUGUUCCACAGCUACAGCUCAGCCCCUGUGUGUGCGGACCGCCGAGACCACCCUUCUGAGAUCCGGUUGGCAGAGGUGGAGGCGGCCUCGCUGAUGUCCGAGCAGCUAUCGGACAAGUCUUCUUCUCCUGCUCUGCCAGACGACCUGAGCCUGGACGACAGCACCAGCCUGCAGCUCCUCCACAGGCACAACACGAGAGGCACCAGUGACUCCCAGAGCUCAGAGGAGCGGUCUCUGCAGGGCGGAUACUUUGGUUUUCGCUGCAGCUUUGACAGCUUCGAGGACGGGGCCCAGACCGCAGACCUGGUCCAGACCCGGGACACGUCCCACCACAGUCCACAGACGGGGAGCAGUCCUGCCAAAUGCAGAGACGGGCUCUUCUCGCUGCCUGCAGACUUCUUCCACCCGGCUUCAGCUCCAGGCUCUGGGCCUCAGUCCUCUCACAGCCCAGGAUCCACAGCUCUCUGUGGGCCUCCCUCGCCCGCCUCCUGGGCCUCCCUGCGCUCGCCGGGGACCAACAGAACGCUCGGCUCCCAGAGUGUGUCGUCUCUGGGCUCAGGCAGCUCUGAGGGCAGCCUGCAGACCACUGUGGAGGAGGGCCUCAGCUUCACCACGUCUCCGUCCAGAGUCAGUCCAGUUUCACACUCCCCGACCCAAGCCUCACACUCCGCCACCCAGGCCUCACCCCAGCCCCAAGACCAGCCACGAGACCAGCCCCAAGACCAGCCCCCUGGUCUGUCCAGCAGAGGGCAGCAGUGGAGACGACCCACACUACAGGCCAGCAGGGGGCACCAGCGCAGCCAGAGCAGCUCCGAGCACUGCCCCCACAUCAGUGAACUCUCAGCGGACACCAACAGCCUGUCGCUCUCCUCGCUGCUGCCACACGGCUCUAUAGCGCCGCCGCUGGUCCAGAGAUGCAACAGCACGGGCUCGCUGCACCUGCACCAGGCCAGGCCCAUAGACCCUCCCCCCUCAGGACCAGAGCGCGGCGGCGCGAUCACGGACGAGAUCACGGACGAGAUCACGGACGAGAUCACAGACUCUCACCCCAGAAAGCACAGAUGA